AUGACGCUCGCCUCUCUCAUAUCAGCGCUCGGUGCGCCCAUUGAGGACCCCGAAGAAGAGACCUUCGAGCUCUUCGCGCAGGAUCUUCCCUCACAAAACCUCGGUUUCAUCGACUCGCGGAUAGCCACGCUCGAAUUAACCGUCGGUGGGAGAGACCUUGCCAUUCACCAGUCACCAGGGGUGUUGUCAUCGAAUCGGGCGGGGGGGACGACGGGCGCGGUCGUGUGGAAAAUCACCCCAUUAUUUGCAGACUGGCUCUCCUCGCCCUCAACUAACCCCCUCUUCACUCACGCCCUCCUCACACCCUCCUCCUACCUCAUCGAACUCGGCAGCGGUACCUCCGGCCUCGUCGCCCUACUCGCAGCCCCACAAGUCUCCCGCUAUGUCCUGACCGACCAAGCCUACGUGGCCAAACUAGUCGAGCAAAACGUUGCUGAAAACUGGCGCGCUGCGUCGGCGUCUCCAACCCAGCCCUCAGGGUUUGCCUCAGGACCUGCGUCCAGUGGUAAGGCUGGCCGAUCCGGACGGUCUGUCAAAUCGCCACGCGGAACGCCGAUCCAGACUCCAAGAAGGGGGUCACCGGCCGGAAAGGGGGGGAAGAGGGAUAUCGGAACCGGGGGCUGGGCAGGGACGGGGGAUAAGGUCCGUUUCAUGACGAUGGACUGGGAGACGGACGAAGUCACGUCGGCGUUGACAGGUGGAGGAGGCGCAGGGAGUUUCGACGCUGUCGUGGCGUGCGACUGUAUCUACAACGAGGCGCUCGUGGAGCCGUUCGUGUCGACAUGUGUGGAUGUGUGCCAGCUGCGCGCGGCAGAAAGGAGCCAAAGCCGGGAUCGUAGUCGGAGUGGAAAGGAGGAAGAGCCGGAGCCGAGUGUGUGCGUCGUUGCGCAGCAGCUUCGGGCUCCAGACGUGUUCGAGGCAUGGGUGAAGCGGUUUGCGGAGUCGUUUCAUACGUGGCGCGUACCGGAUGAGUUGUUGGUGCCUCAGUUGAGGUCGAAUUCGGGGUUCGUGGUGCAUCUGGGGGUGUUGAAGAGCGAGUAUGAUCCAGCGGCGAUAUGA